AGCAGAGAGGAGAGAGAGAGGGGCCGGGCUCCGCGCUACUGCAUCCAACAACACCACCGCGCCACAUGGAGACCACACGCGAGGCUCCACGGUAAACGAAAACGAAGCCAUGUUUACGUGAGAAGAGGUACAGCUUCAACAUAUAACGUCCCAACAAAGCAGGACCAGAGAGAUGAGGCUUUUGAGGAGCACACACGCUGCUACUCAUCACUGCGGGCUGCGUCAAACUCCUGGCGCGUUUAGAUGAUGUCGCCUCUUUUUGGACCGUAAGGGAUUUUUUUUGUAAUUUAGCGAGAUUUUAAUGCUACGAUGUGAGAGUGACACAGCAUGGAACAAGCGAUGGUAAAGUCGCCUCGUUUUUUCAGAUUUGUAUGAGUAUAAGGCUGCAUAGAUAAGUUUGACUUGGGUUAUUUUGGGGAUGUUUUCUUCCGACAUGAACGCGCUUUUCUACCCGGACACUGGUGCACCUGCCCCGGGUUGCGCUCUUCCCGGCGGCUCGCACUCGCAGGCAGUGACCAGCGCAUUAAGAAACGACUUGGGCUCCAAUAUUCACGUCCUCAAAACUCUAAACUUGCGAUUUCGCUGCUUUCUUGCCAAAGUUCAUGAACUGGAAAGACGAAAUAAACUUUUGGAGACGCAGCUGCAGCAGGCUCAGCAGAGGCAGCAGUACCGGGCACUUUACGCGCGGGAUGUGGCGGUGCAGACGGACGGGCCAGAGUCCAGGAUGCCCGGUACCAUUUGGAGUUUUACCCAUGUCCGGAGGCAAGGGGAGCGGUUCGAGACGGUGCACGGGCCCGGGGUAACGUGGACGCAUCCGGAUGGAGUAGGGGUCCAGAUAGACACCAUUACGCCUGAAGUGAGGGCUCUGUACAACGUCCUGGCCAAAGUCAAGAGAGAGAGGGACGAGUACAAGAGAAGGUGGGAGGAGGAGACCACGCGCAGGCAGCAGCUGGAGUCCACGGUGGAGAGUCUGCAGCAGAGCGCUGAGGAGUCACAGGAGGUGCAGGGUGAGCUGAAUGAAAAGGUGGAGAGACUCAAAGCUGAACUUGUGGUGUUCAAAAGUUUAAUGAGUGAUCAAAUGUCCGACCUGGAUACAAAGAUCCAGGAGAAGGCACGGCACGUGGACAUGGACAUCUGCCGAAGGAUCGACAUCACGGCCAAACUAUGUGACGUCGCCCAGCAGCGGAACUCAGAGGACAUGUCCAAAAUGUUCAACGUCAGCCCAGCCCGCUCACUGCCGGAGAGGGGGGCCAUGGCUUCGGCCUGCUGCAGAAAGAAAGAGCGAAAGCCUGUUUCCGAUGAAGAGACCUCAGAGAUGGAUGCAGAGCCAAGUCCGACGGAAGAGGAGGUGCCCGGGUCUCUCAACAUCACGGACGAAAUGAAACGAAUGCUCAACCAGUUGCGGGAGACGUUUGACAUUGACGAUGAUUGCGACAGCCUGACGUGGGAGGAGAACGAGGAAACGCUGCUGCUCUGGGAAGAUUUCACCAACUACAAUGUGCCCCACGCCAUCACCAUGACAACAUGCCCCGCCUCCAGCGAGACCAACGGAGACGCCCCUGACCCCGAUUCUCAGGACGGCAGUCUGGGCAGCCUCAUCGAUGAAACCGAGUCUCUGUUUAAGACGCGAGAGCAGGAGUACCAGCAUACCAUCGGACAGAUAGAGAUGGAGCUGGCGACAGCGAAGAGUGACAUGAACAGACACCUACAUGAGUACAUGGAGAUGUGCUCCAUGAAGCGUGGCCUGGACGUCCAGAUGGAGACUUGCCGACGCAUGAUCAAAGGGGGACGCAGCUCACCCUCCUUCAGUUCCGUGGCCAGCUCUGACUCAGGAAACACAGACGACAUACAGGACGAGAUCUCAGACAAGGACCCCGAGCCUGGAGCCGUGAGCUGAGGGGGGCAGAGGGGCAGAGGGGGAGAGAGGGGGUAUGUUUGCUCGGUCUGUACACCUGAGAUAGACCUGUGUGGACUUUGGACCUGGUCUUUGGUCUUAAAUGUCCAGUUGGGUGCAUAGAGAGAGAACUGGUGCUUUUCCUGUUGUUAAAAGGUUUAUGGGUCCUCUUCUGUCAAGUGCAUACACUGUAGACUCCAAGCUGUGCUCUUUUAUUCAAGGAUCUGUUAAUCGGAACAGACUCAAUUUUUAAAACAGCAUUUUGCUUUUUUAAAGGUGCACUAGGUAACUUUUCUUGUGGGGGGUUUGCCAUUUACUUGUCUCCAUGGAGAUGUUUGACUCUGCCUGAAAUGUUCAACUGUACGGCAUUAAAAUAUAUCUUAAAAUGCAUUGUCACUGUGAGGGGGCUCAUCCCUCAGAUUUCACCCAGAUUUCACUUGUAAAUUCACUUGGGUGUGUCACCUGCUCGUCUUCAUGGGGAUACGCCUGACGCUUAAUGCUGUACUGUGGAACUUUCUAGGCAACACAAUGACAUAUUCAUAGAGUCAAACAGGUGGCAUACAGUAUGGGUGAAAACUACCUUUUCAACUGCUUUGCAAUAAUUCCCAUUCCUUCAUCUCAUCACUUUAUCAUAGGACAUACACACAUCCAAUGCAGUUACAGGGUUUCUAUGAACCAGGUAAAACUCAGCAGGUAAGCUUUAUACAACAGCAGCCAUAAGAAUAUUUGCCAUCAGGUCACUCAAACUUGCCGUCUUUUGUCUAUCUCUGGGUUACUGUUAAAUACAACGCUGCAAACAGAAUAGCCAAUGACAUAACAGCCAUUUCAGUCCUUUGCAUAACUGCAUAACUAAACCAUAAAAAUAGAUUUAGGGUUGCCAGAUCAGAGAAAAAGAGCACAGCUGUUUGAUGCACUAUUGAAGUUCUAUGCAACUUUUUGCCAGCCUUAUUUUUGGGCUGGCCAGUUCCCUCCUUAUUUCUUUUAAGUAGCCUUUUAAGCAGGUUUUUAUAUGUUUUUGUGCGUUUAGUACCAGAAUGGAUCAUGCAUGUCAUUAUUGCCUUAUUGCAGAAACCACAAACUGUGCUUCUAAAACAAGAACAGCAUUGGGGAUAAUUUCUCAGUUUUUGUUUUUUUUUAAAGGUGCAAAAUAUAACUUUUCCAGUAGAAGGUCUGCCCCCUGUUUGGAGAUAUUUUUGUUUUGCCUAGAAUGUCCCACAGUAUGGCAUUAAACACAUCUAUCUUUGAUGUUGUAACACAUGCCUUCUUACUGUGUAAGCAGCCUCAUCUCUCCAGAGAUCUGACCAGUAACUUCCCCUGGUAGGGUCCCGUGAUCAUCCUGUGAUGGACAUUUAAUGCCUGUGGUGCAUUCAAGGCAAGUAAAUAACUCCAGAGACAAGCAGGUGGCAGACCGUCCUCAGAAAAAAUACAUAGUGCACUUUCAGUAUGAACCAAUCAGAAAUGAUAAUAUUAAUGACAAAAGCCAACCCCUGUCAAAAAUAUUUUUAAACCUAACCAAAGGAUACUGCAAUUUCUGUUCCAAUAAAAUGUCUGAAUGUAUAUAGAUGGUAAGACCUGAGCUGUAGACACCAGGGGCCUCUGGUGUUCAAAUUGGCCUAAAUGAUUGAAGAUUGAAGCAUGGAUAUAGCACUUACAAUUGUCAAUUAAAAGAACGUAAGGUCGGUGGUAUUUCUGAGGUCAAGUGCUUUCUUUCUGAUACAUUGAAUUGUAAAAUUGCAGAUUGUAAAUGACAGGCCUUACUGUAGCAUGUGCGGAUCUAUGGGGCUUUUUCUAAUCUUUCUAAAGCUGCUUUUGUAACAGCUGCUAAACAGAAGUUAUAUUUUUAAUCACGUCUUCUGUAAUCAUGUUUUUGGCAAAAAGAAAAAAAAUAUUAUUUUAUUUUGUGUAUUGUGUCUGUCUUAACAUUGGGCAGUUUUAUAUGUUAGCAGCCCAAUUAUGAAACUAUAUUAAGUAAAGUAUAUUUGGUUAACUAUGAGCUAGCAGUGAGCGAAAGAGUCUUGAGAAAAUGCAGUCACUCGUAAGUAGCAUUCAUAAACCAGAGCAUUGUUUGUUGAUGUUAAACCAGCCUGAUCAGUGACAAAGAGCCAUGUUAUUGCUACUCAACUUAGAUGCAUUAUGUAACUUCUCUGGUGGAGGGUUCAUGCUUGUUUCAAAUGAGAUGUUAUUGCUUUGCCUGGAAUGUUCCAGAGUAUGCCAUUAAAGUUAUGUAUUUUGCAUGUAUGAAUUACAGGUGUUUUUAAUUGCAAAAAAACAUGCAUCUUUCUGUGAAAAGACUCUCCAUAGAUCUGAUCUCCAAGUUGGCCUGGUCUCCAUGGAGAUAGAUAAUAUGUUUAAUACUAUACUGUGGAACAUUCCAGGCAGCCAAAACUUUAACAUCUCCAUGGAGACAAGCUUGUGGCACACCUUCCACCAGAAAAAUCACAUAGUGCAUCUUUAGGUUUUAGUUUGAGUGCAUCUGAACCAAGGUCUUCAGAGGGCAUGUACCCACCUCACGUAAAGCCAAUCGUAGCCAAAGUGCGUAUUUGACAAGGUGAUAGUGUUAUUAAUGCUAUCAGUGUUUAUAAAAUGCCUAUGACACUAUUCAGGCAUGACAUCAUGACUAGCACGACAAGCCAGAUCACACAGGCAAGCUUAAUUUCACUCCCCAUAUGUAGGUCAGAAUGGGUCAAAUGCAGAGGACAAGUUUUCAUCAUAGAGUCACUAAAAUAUACUGUACCAACCAUGUAAUUCCUCAUCUUUUGAUACUAACUGAUCACAACAGACCUCAAGGUUUGGAGAUGUUAUUCAUGGAUUUCAGGAAAAGGAUUGACUAUGGCAAUGCUCCUCCAUUAUUAUAGCAAUAAAGCAAUUCAAAUAAAAAUAUUACAUCUUUUGAAUGGGGAAAGGUCAACAAAAUCCUUCAAAUCUAAAAGGAAUAAUUUGCCUGAAACUCAUGCGUAGCUCAAUCAUCUAUUUAUCACAUUGUAGCACAAAAAUAGGGGAGGUAAAUUGAUUUGUUUUGCAUGCUUUAUAAUCAAAGACAUUCAGGAGAGGGUAUGUUUAAAAAAAAAAAAAGAUUUGAAUACAAAUAGUUACCCUUCCUCAUUUUUCAGCAAACAACAAAAUGUUCAUUAGCAUCAGAAAACAGUAUAUUCCAUACACUGAGGUUGCCAUGGUGAGGAAAAGCUGUUCUUCAGAUAAGGUGUAACUGGUCGUAAUGUUUUGCCUGAUUGGAGUCUUAUUAUAUACCGAUUGUAUGACUGUGGAUUUGAUAUAACUGUAUACUGUAAACUAGGGUAAAAAAAAAAAAGAAAAAAUGUGUUGCUAUACUUGGUUGAUGGUUGCUCGCGGUGGGGAUCUUUUUAAUUAAAAUUUUGAAUGACAGACUUUUGCUUGUAACCUAAAGGAUUUGAGGAUUUAAAUGGUGUAAAUUGAGCAAAUUUGUGGAAUGUCCAUAUUUCUUACUAAAGUGUUUUAUACAAAUGUUUUUAUGAGCAUAGCUUUGGGAUUUUUAUUCAGUUUGUUUGCAAUCAUCAGUGCUUCUUCUAAUAUACAUUGCUUUAUUGUUUAUUGUUUGAAUAAUUAAUUUGUAUGGAUUAUUAUAAGUUUAAGAGAGUAUUUUGUUUAAUCUCUUGAUAAAAUGUAUUCACGUGGGUCUGGGAUUAUGGCUGUUCUGAAUUGUUAAUGGGGUAAAACAAAUAAAGGGUAGAUUGGAUAAAAUAAAGUCUCCAAAAUGCAUUUUUUACUCCAAAAGUCAACAGUUUGUUAUUUGCUUGAAAAAUACUUCCAUU